AGCAGCGAGAACCGAGCGGCGGCGGCUCCAAAAGGGAGGAAGGAGGGCGGGGAGGCGGCGGCGGGGUCCCACGGGUGAGGUGCGGCCGGGAGAGAAGGCCGCAGCCCGCGGGCCAGUGCUGGGGGCGCCCCGGGGCCCGGAGCCCGGAGCCGCCGCCCGCCGCCGCCCCGCUGGCGUGGCCCGGCCCCCGCCCGAGCGGUGUUUUCUGGUGAUGAAUUGAAUUUGUAGCCGAUAUCCGAUUCCCAUGUAGAGUCUCCGCCUCCUCCUCCUCCCUCCCUCUCCUGCCGCCGCCGCCACCGCCACCGCCACCGCCUCCCGCUCCGGAUCCGCGGCCCGGCCCAGCCGGCUCCCUCCCUCCCUCCCUGCAGCCCUUCGCUCGCCCUCCCGCUGGCCCUCCCGCUGGCCGCACCAGGUUCCAGGGGACCAGAGGCUCUGCGGGGUGGGGGGAGGACAGGAGGGGAGGAGGAGGGAGGGGGGACCCCCGAGUCGCCCCCUCUCCUCCCCCCGCCCCCCCGGCUCCAUCCUCCGCCGCCACCCGAGCAGCUGUGGGCCGCCACGGCCGCCUUUGCAGGCUGAGUCAUCACUAGAGAGUGGGAAGGGCAGCAGCCGCAGAGAAUCCAAACCCCAAAGCUGAUACCACAGAGCACCGCUUCUGCAAGUUGGGGGCUGGUGGGGAGCCAUCAUGAGCGAUGUUACCAUUGUGAAGGAAGGCUGGGUUCAGAAGAGGGGAGAAUACAUAAAAAACUGGAGGCCGAGAUACUUCCUCCUGAAGACGGACGGCUCGUUCAUAGGAUAUAAAGAGAAACCUCAGGACGUGGACUUACCUUAUCCCCUCAACAACUUUUCAGUGGCAAAAUGCCAGUUAAUGAAAACAGAACGACCAAAGCCAAACACAUUUAUUAUCAGAUGCCUGCAGUGGACCACUGUUAUAGAGAGAACAUUUCAUGUAGAUACGCCAGAAGAAAGGGAAGAAUGGACAGAAGCUAUUCAGGCUGUAGCAGACAGACUUCAGAGGCAGGAAGAGGAGAGAAUGAACUGCAGUCCAACUUCACAAAUUGACAACAUCGGGGAGGAGGAGAUGGACGCGUCCACAACCCACCAUAAAAGAAAGACAAUGAAUGAUUUUGACUAUUUGAAACUACUAGGUAAAGGCACUUUUGGGAAAGUUAUUUUGGUUCGAGAGAAGGCAAGUGGGAAAUACUAUGCUAUGAAGAUUCUGAAGAAGGAAGUCAUUAUUGCAAAGGAUGAGGUGGCUCACACUCUCACGGAGAGCAGAGUGUUAAAGAACACGAGACACCCCUUUUUAACGUCCUUGAAGUAUUCCUUCCAGACUAAAGAUCGCUUGUGUUUUGUGAUGGAGUAUGUUAAUGGUGGAGAGCUGUUUUUCCAUUUGUCGAGAGAGCGGGUGUUCUCUGAGGACCGCACGCGCUUCUACGGCGCGGAGAUCGUCUCUGCCUUGGACUACCUGCACUCUGGGAAGAUUGUGUACCGCGAUCUCAAGUUGGAGAACUUGAUGCUGGAUAAAGAUGGCCACAUAAAAAUCACAGAUUUCGGGCUUUGCAAAGAAGGGAUCACGGACGCAGCCACAAUGAAGACUUUCUGUGGGACACCAGAGUACCUGGCUCCGGAGGUGCUGGAGGACAAUGACUAUGGCCGGGCCGUGGACUGGUGGGGCCUGGGUGUCGUCAUGUACGAAAUGAUGUGUGGGAGGCUCCCUUUCUACAACCAGGACCACGAGAAGCUCUUCGAGCUAAUACUGAUGGAAGACAUUAAAUUUCCUCGAACACUCUCUUCAGACGCAAAAUCGUUGCUUUCAGGGCUCUUGAUAAAGGAUCCAAACAAGCGCCUUGGUGGAGGGCCAGACGAUGCAAAAGAAAUCAUGAGACACAGUUUCUUCUCUGGAGUAAACUGGCAAGACGUGUAUGAUAAAAAGCUUGUACCUCCUUUUAAGCCUCAAGUAACAUCUGAGACAGAUACCAGAUAUUUCGAUGAGGAAUUUACAGCUCAGACUAUUACCAUAACACCACCUGAAAAAUAUGACGAGGACGGCAUGGACUGCGUGGACAACGAGCGGCGGCCGCACUUCCCUCAGUUCUCCUACUCGGCCAGCGGACGCGAAUAAGCCCCUCUCAUCCUGCCACUUCACCGUCACCUUGGGUUGAUCACUGAACACAGUUCCCGGACAUCACACCGGUCCUCGCCCCGACAGACGGCAGGCGCGCCUGCAGCCGGGCAGACCGGUCCCAGGUGUUCGCCCCUCGCCGCCUCUCGCCCACCCGAGAACACCCAUAACGCAAAUCCACCGACUUUUCGUUUUUGCAUGAACUUGUAUCUCAGUCCAAGGUCUCAUGCUGUUGCUGCUGCUGUCUUACUAUUAUAGCAACUCUAAGAGGUAGCGUUACAGUCUGGGGAAGUCGUGAGCCUCCACGAUUUGUUAGCGCACCAACUGCAUCUUCCCACCUUUCCGUUCCGUGUCCCCUGACAGUGAAGGGUAAGUGAGAUACACUGAUUCUAGGUACAUUUUUUCACUUUCUAGACGAGAAAUCAAAAACUAAUUAGACUAAGAAGAUUUAGUGUAUAAUUCAGAACAAGCAAUUGUGGAAGGUGGUGAUGUGCGAAUGCAAAUUUUAGUAAAGCAUCUCAGAGCAGUGCGUAAAGUGAGCAUCUAUUGCUAGGAUCUGGCUGAAAUGCGUUAGGAAGUGUUGGCGGGAAGGGCCGAGACAUGUGUCUCUAGGUGUAUUUCCAUUCCUGUUGGAGACUGUAGAGGCAGCCGGGCGUCCCGCAUGGACUCCAGGGGCUCUGCCGGGAGGAGGCCAGCACACGCACCGCGAGCCGAGUCCUGUCCAGGGCCCGCGGUGGGCUCGGCACCCGAGAGCAUUUCCCCCUGUGCUCAGAAACCUCUUUCCAUGAUAAUACUCAUCGCCUCUGAUGGCCGAAGAAUGUAGACAGGUGUAAUGAUCCUGCUUUUCACCAAAAUCUGUGCACCAAGGGAAACAGUGUUUGCUGUAUUUGUUUUGAUUUUUAAUUUCAGUUCUACGGGAGUGAGCUUUUUCUCAGAUGUCAGAACUUUGAAUGUCCUGUUACAAUCUUGUCUCUAUUGCAGUAGUAUUUAUUUUCUAGUGAUGAGCAUCUGUGUCAUGUUAGCCAAUGCAGCUCCAACGUCCAUAAAACAGACGCACUGCAGUUUCUUUUGACCCACGUGCAGGAACGGACAUGUGAGGAGGUCCACGCACUUUUUCUCCUUUGCGACACAGUUUGGACGAGGCUCUGAAAUUGUGCACGUUGACUAGAGUUUGGCUGUGGGAGGACAGACGCUGUCAUCCAGCCCCUUGGUGCUAAAACUGAGGAGGUCCCCAACUACCAUGCCAAGGGGUCGGGGAGCAAAUGGGUGGUGAUGUUCGCUCGUUGGAGAACUGAGAGCGUCACCACGGCCUGACAACAUAAUGAAAUGAAGAAAACUGAGACCCGAACGAUGAUAAAUGAACCGGCUUGGCAAAAUAAACACAUCCCAAGUGUUUACGAAGUAGGCGGGCAAAGAUAAGAACCUGGUGUGUUUAUUCUGGUCGCGGUACAUUUAUCACUGAAUUAAGCCAUCAGGGAACCAACACAAACAGAGCACCUCCAGCUUCUCUUUCUCUGUAUAUACUCAUGUCCCCGAGCUCCAACACUUCUCACUGAACGGGGGACAUGCAUGCAAACCUCAUCUUUCUCCUUCAUUAACGACGAUCUUCAGAUUAAACCCUUUGGUGCUAGGAGCUGGCGUUUUCCAAAGCAGCCUAUGAGAUCCGGGGGCUGGGGCCCUCCUGGCGGCCCCAGCGAGUGACCGUGCAGAUGUAUCUUAGGUGAACUAUCUGACAGCUCCCAAACGGAAGGCCACAGUGUGAUGUAGUGUCGUGGUGGCAUCCUUAGAUGAAAGAGCAAGUGACUUUCUGAGCAGGAUGAGUCUACUCACACACAGGUGUCUUAGCCUCUGGGCGCCAGAAGUGUGGCUUCACGGGCAGGAAACUACGCCGGCCGCGGGGGCUGCCGGGGGCUCAAGGGCAUUCUGCUAAGGCAGCUAAGACAUAUCCAGACAUCGGUCUCACCCUGGUUUUUCAUAUCUCAUCCUCCGUAUAGAGUAGGCGGUUACGGUAAAUGGUAGUUCACUCUUACACAUGUGGCUCAACUUUUUUUUCCCCACUUGGAAUUAGGUUGAAAGUUUCACCGUGACAAGAAAGUAGACUAGAAGGUAUGUCUUGUAAGUUGUCUUGCAUUCAUUUUCUAAAAAAGAAACUGAUGAGAGGGAGGGAGGGAGAGUGACCCCGGCCGCUCACAGCGUGGGGUCCGUUCGAGGGAUCCGUUUGUGGCGCCAGACACUGGGCGCAUCAGUAGAUUUGGUUUCUGUUUUUUGUCUGUCUGUUUUUUGGGUUAUUUUCCAAACCUUAGUGAUUCCCAUGAGCUUGGCCAAGGGCAUGUCCUAAAGAUUGGUAACAGCAUGGACAGUGCCCCAGGCUGCCCACUCCUCACAGCCGGCACUCAGUCCCCAGCCCCUGUUAGGGGCUCCAUCACCCCCCAGCCUCAGGAAUCUGUUCAAGUCAUGCCGGGUGUUUACUCGGCUUCCAUCUUGAGAGCCGUCCCUUCCCUCACUCCCAGGUCUCAGUCAGGGGUGUGGAGGCACAACAGAGACAGGAACGAGUCCGGGAGGUUUCCCGAACUUCCCCUGUGCCUGCCCGGAGCCGGAGUUCGGAUUCCGGCCGACGGAGAGGCCCGAACCCCGGCGCUGUUCUGGCAGAACGCGGCUCCGUCGGUGAGCACUCCACCUUGAACUACGGAGCGGCUGUGACGUCCGCCCCCGGGGACAGCGGGCCCUUUGUGCGCGGCCCUGCGGCAGGGCGGCCCCCAGCUCUGCCCUCCACACCGAUGUCGUGGCGUCGCCCCAGUGUCCUUUUCCACUCCCCACUCCUGGUUUCCGGCUUCCUCCCGCUGACCGUUCUCGCAGGGCACUCGCUUCUCCCCGAGCACACGCCAGGGCGGGCCUUCCUGACUGAGCGCAGGGUCUACUCACCACACCUCGGCGGGCACACUGGGCUGCCAGGCCCCCACUGUCUGCAGCAGGACCCCCGCCGCUGCUCCCGGUCGUGCGCCGCAGGCAUGAGCUGUACAGUAUUUAUUUAAGUAAAAAGAAAACCUCCAAAUUGCUCACUGAAUUACCUCCCUGUAGCUUUCUAGUUUGUGACAUUUCUUGACUUCUUUCAUUAGAUCCACGCAAGAGCUAGUCAUCUGGUUAAGGAUGUUAAGCAGACGCGACCAUGAACCCGAGAAACUGUAUUACUAUUACCGUUGGUCAUACUAAAACUGUUUAUUUCCUGAAGCAUAUGACCCACAGGAUGUGAAAUAACUACCAGAAACUGUUUUUGUACACUGUACAUCCUCAGUAUUUUUACACGUAUAUGAUAGGGGCACAUUAUUUUCCUCGUACAGACAGCUUAAAUAAAGCACUGUGUCAAUCUGC